CGGAGGACGAUGCCGGCGAGCAGGGCCGCCGAAGGCCAGGCGCCCCCCGGGGCCGCGCCCCCCAGCCCGGCGCGCCCUCCCGCCGCCGCCGCCGCCGCGCUCCCUCGGCGGGGCGGCGCGCUGCUGCGCUGGGACGAGGUGCCCGACGACUUCGUGGAGUGCUACAUCCUGUCGGGCUACCGGCGGCUGCACUGCACGGCGCAGGAGUGCCUGGCGUCGGUGCUGCAGCCCACCAACGAGACGCUGAACUUCUGGACGCACUUCAUCCCGCUGCUGCUCUUCGCGGCGCGCUUCUGCCGGCUGCUGCUGCUGCGCGGCGCCGGCGACCUGCCCUUCCACCACCCGGCGCUGCUGCCGCUGUGGUGCUACGCGUCGGGCGUGCUGCUCACCUUCGCCAUGAGCUGCACGGCGCACGUGUUCAGCUGCCUCUCGCCGCGCCUGCGCGCCGCCUUCUUCUACCUGGACUACGCCUCCAUCAGCUACUACGGCUUCGCCAGCACCGUGGCCUACUCGUACUACCUGCUGCCCGGGCUGCGCCUGCUGGAGCCGCGCGCGCUCGGCCGCGUCCUGCAGCAGCGCCUGGGCUGGCACGUGGACUGCCGCGCCGCGCUGGCCGCCUACGGCGCGCUGGUGCUGCCCGUGGCCUUCGCGCUGGCCGUGGCGUGCACCGUGGCGUGCUGCCGCAGCCGCUCGGAGUGGUGCGCCUACCCCUUCGCCAUCCGCACCUUCGUCUUCGUCAUGCCGCUCAGCAUGGCCUGCCCCAUCAUGCUGGAGAGCCUGCUCUUCGACCUGCGCGGCCACAACCCCACGCUCUUCGCCUACUUCUACCGACGCUACUUCUGGCUGCUGGUGGCCGCCUUCUUCAACGUCAGCAAGAUCCCCGAGCGCAUCCAGCCGGGCCUCUUCGACAUCAUUGGGCACAGCCACCAGCUCUUCCACAUUUUCACCUUCCUCAGCAUCCACGACCAGAUGUUCUACGUCGAGGAGGGGCUGCAGCACUUCCUGCGCGCCUCGCCGCCCGCCCUCCCCACCUUUCCGGGCACCGUGGGCUACAUGCUGCUCUUGCUGCUCUGCCUGGCCCUGGUGGUCCGGAGGUUUCUAAACUCCCAGGAAGCCUGCAAGGACGACUGAGGUAUCCUCCUUCCCUUAGGCGUUUCGGUUGAGUUACUUGCGACCAUCUCUGAUGGCCUCCGGGGGCUGCUGUUGCUGCCGCAGCCGCCGCAGAGCUAGACAAAGCUUCUGGGAAGGAGCCCUGGUAUCCUUCAAAGGAAGGUGCUAACCCAAAAGAGCACUGAGUUUGCCCAGUCGAGCACUGAACGCCUUUAGAAAACUACUGUUUCUCUUGAAACACCUUUAGAUUUUAAGGAAGGGCACUUAAACCACAGAGUACUGUAUACCACUUUAUUUAUUUAUUGCUGCUUAGGAUACAAAGAGAAGCCAUUUAGGACUAUUGCUGGAAACCUCCUAUGAUUUGAUCCUCAGUGCAUUAUUUGAAAGUAAGCCUUGCUGACUGACUUCCAGUUAAUGCACUUAGGGCCAGGGUUUAGGGGAACAAUAUGCAUGGACCACACGAUGCUAGCUACUGAUUUCAGACUGCCUGCUGGAGGAGAUGUUCUUUCAAUUAGCAAUAUGCGCUAGACCUGCACUGAUGAAAAACUGAGAUUUAAAACCAGAUCCCACGUGCAAUUCUUGGCAUAUUAUUCUGUCAAGGAAAUGUAUGAGCAUGUGUGUUUUCUGUUAAAGUUUUGAAAUGAUUUGCACUGAAACAAGGUUUUCAGUACAAGCAAAUUGUGAUAAUUUCUUUUGGAGUUUUGACACGAAGACCAAUACAGUGUAAAAUGGAAUAUACAAAAGAUGUCUUUAAGUAAUUCAUUUACACUGGAGCCAGAUUAUUAUUCGAUCAGAAGCUGUUGGUCAUACUGUGAGAACAACACCUGAAUGGUUGAUGUAGCCAUCCUAACAAUCCACAUGUAUACAGCCUGAUUCUCACAAUAUGCCUGGUACCCUAGUUCUGAAUCCCAGUUACAAAAUGCAUAUCAUGGCUGUUACAAAAGGUAUUUCAUGGCACAUGCAUCAAAAGAAGAGCUGCAACAGAUGUCCCCUUUAGAAUGAACAGUGUUUUGAACGUGAAUAACAGAGUCAGGUUACAAGAGUUCUACAGAAAGUAGCACUAACACAGGACCAAAGCAUCAGCUAGUUUAUGAAAUUGUCAGGAUCUGCUUGCACGUCAGUCAGUUUUUUACUGGAAUAAGUAAACUCAUUUCAUCUUCUGAUUCAUUUGCACAUAAAGGGGGUGAGUCAGAGCUGAAAUGAGACAGAGAGAGAGCUUUUCAACAGUCCAUGUGAAAUUCUUGCUUUAUCUCUCUUUUGUACCUGAAUAUGUGACAACAGCAAGUUUGUUAUCUCUUGGUGGCAGAAUCUCCUAACCAAAAGGCAUUGUAGAGCCAUUCCAUCUUUUCUUCUUUAACAUAUUCUCUUCGAAUUAAAAAAGAUGUAAGAAAAUAUAAGAAUACAUGGGAAAGCUACAAAUAUGACAUCACCUGGAAACACAUUUUCUGCCACCCACUUUGAAUGAGGCAGUGUGAUUGCAUGAAAGCCUUGUCUGGAAGCACUGCAGGGUAACCUGUGGAUGACCCAGGAUAAUUGACAAGUCCAUGAAAGGUGCCAGAAUUUAUGUUCAUAUUGACAGCAACUGUUAUCUCAGGACUACAACUUUGAUACAACAUUUUGUAUAUGUUAAUUGUGUAAAAAAAGGCAUCCAUAAAACCCAUGAAAUAAAACUCAUAGACAUAGAGUUAAAAUCCAAACCUGUACUGUACUGAGAGAGCGGUAGAUGUAGAAAAGCACUAUUUGACCCAUGCUUUGUAUUUCAGUAUGAAAAAAGUACUUUUAAAACUGCAACAAAUUUAUUAUGGAGUUAUAUGCUUUUUUGUACUUCAAUUGCACAAAGUAUUAUUCUUAGUUGGCAUUGGUACAGAUCAAGCUAUGGCUGUCCAAAUGUUUGAGGCUACAACUUCAGUCACCCCUGACCAUUUACCAUGCUGAGAGCAAUGCGAAGUUGUAGUCUAAAACUUCUGGAAGUUACUAGGUUAGGGAAGGUUGACACAGAGGGCUGAGAGAAUUGUUCUAUUCUUGAAGGCAAAAAUCAUAAUUUUAGAUUUUAAAAAAGGCAAAGUUUUGGUGAAAUUGUAUUAACACUUUGAUGGCUUUUUCACAAAGUAAAAAAAAGCCAUAGAUUGCAGACAAGACAAUCGCUGACAUUUUAAUGCAAAGUUCACAUGUAUACAAGAUAAACAUAGUACCAGUAACUGGAGAUUUCACAAUUUUUGUAGUAAUGCUAUUUUAAUUGAAUACCCAGAAUGGAAGAAAGAAACUUGGGUAGUAAUACGGGUUUUCUGGGGGAAAAGUAGAACUGGAUUUUUUCAAUGCUCUAAAUAAUGCAAUCCAAUUUAGUAUGUUGUUUGAUUCAUUUUAGACCUGACACACACAUUCUCCCUCAAUAAAUAUACAAAAUAGCUCACAUUUAGUAAACCAAACUAAAAAUGUAAUCUGUAUCUAUUUUAACUGCAGUAUAAAUAUAUCAACAUACAAAAUACAAUAGUUACAAAAUAUUUGAACUGAAAUACUUGCUGAAGAAGAAAUUAAUUACACAGUAUAGUUUAAAUGUUAUACUCAAACACAUUCAAAAUUUUAUGGAAAUUAUUUUAUUGGAAAUUUUUAAAAAUGUGAAGACAAUAGCAUAUACUUCCUUGUGCUGUUUAUUCAUAUUUAAUAAUAGCCACACCUGAAAGAAAACACUGUUUUUAGAACAUUUAUCUAAAGAAAGCUGAUACAUCUUAUAUCAACAGUUUAAUGUUCUUUUGCUUAGGUAACUUCAGCUUCAUCCAUUCUCUGUACUGCUUAUCAUUUCCAUUCUAAGUUAGGGAAAAAACUGAUUCAGAGCUGAAUGUUCUAUUUCAUAGAGGAUAAAUAUCAGUCUGUGGGCACAGGUUGGGGAACUUGAGCAAGAGGGUGGCAUUGCACUCCUCUUCAGCUUGUGUGAUCCCAUGGGCAACUGGUUGACCAUAAUAUGAACAAUAUGUUGGACUAGAUGGACCUUUGGCAUGAUCCAGCAUGGCUCUUAGUUUCUUACAAUCUUGAGGGAAACAGACAGUAGUCACUUCCUUAGCAUCAGUUUUCUUUCAUUUUUAUUGAAGAAUGUUAGCAAUACAGGGCAAGCACAUCCCGUGUAAGUCUGGUCCAGAGCCAGCCAGGAGCAAACUGCAGUGUGUGCAAACAUGGGUUAUUAAUACUUUACUUUGCAGUUUCCCCAUGGGCAACUGAGAAGUGUAGGGUUCAUCAAUUCUUGCCUUAAAGAAAACUUAGAGAAUUUUCUAUCCUAUCUUUAUCCCACCUAACAUCAUCGAUUGCAGUUCAACAGCCCAGACAGCUAUAGAUAAAUGUGGACUUAUAUCAUGUGGAAAUUUUUCUGUGGAAAAAUAUAGCAUAGGGAAAUUUCACUGAAAGGGUUCUGCUCCAUCCCUAACCUUGGGUCCAGUUGAGCCCUAAAUGAAUAGAAUCAAGCUUUCAUGAUCAAUUCUCAUCUAGCAGCUUUCCCUUGGAAACCCUGUUGAAGUUAAUCUGUUGAAAAGUGACUCAAAUAAAAAGCACAGUAUCCUGGGAAAUGUGUUUGUUUAUUAGGCAGUUUUUCCCCACUCCAUAAUCAAAAUGAUUCUCAAAGUGUGGUGCAGGGUUUUGUUUUGUUUUUAAAUAACAACGUAAGUACAACAUUGACACUUUAGGGCACCAAGAUACAACCAAGUUAAAAAACAAAACAGUAAAACAAAACAAAUCAUAAAUGGGUAGGUCUUAACUUCCAACUGAAAAAGCUUCAAGAGGAGAGCCAAGGGGACUAAAAUAUUCUCCCACUGUUUUCUAAAUGUUCCCAUUUUUCUAUGCCAGAGUUGCACCUGUUUAUUCUGAGGAAGACACCAAAACAGCAUUGUCUGCAGGUGAUUUCAUGUCACAUUAGAGGAUGCGCAGAGGAUUGGGCCCUUAAUGGAGCAUUGCUGUUGUCUCAAUGAAUAUGUUGGCAGAGUUUACAUCUGCAUUUGUGGCAGAGCCUGGUCAGUGGAUUUGUGUUGCUGUUAGGUGUCCUCUUGUACCUGAUAAGAAGCUAUUUUAGAUUAGGGGGCUGUCUGUGAGAGAGGACAAACCAGUCACCCAAGGACUGGAAGAGAUAAAUAUCACUGCCCAAUAUGGGCCUAUGUCAUUACACAGGCCUUGGACAGAAGCCUAUCCUUGCUUGCAAAUAGUGCCCUUCGGCUCUCUACCUAGCACAGCUGCUUUCCCCCAGAGUGAGUAUAUGUCUAAUAUAAAAAUGGCAACAUUUAGAAACAAGUGGAAGACCUCCCAGAACAUUCUGCUGUCUACCUGACACCAUUCUACAACAAUUGACUCAACUACUACAAUGUCUAAAGGAGAACCUAGCAUGAAGUUGCCAAACUAGUAUUUCUCGGAUGUUUAAUUUUCAUAAUUUAGGAACAAAUCAGAUAAUGAAGUUUUCUUAUCUGCUCCAGGCACUUAAUUAGCAUUGCAAACCUUAGGAGAUUGUGAUGGCAUGAAUUACCACAGUUAAGGGCUUAUUUUGCAUACAUUUGAGAUUUUCUUAAAAUUUGGGAUUGGAUUGACUUAAAUACAACUGAAUGUAAGGCUAAUAACACAGUCAAUCUGGGGAUUGAAAGAUUUGCCAAUGCUUCAAGAAAGAAUAUAAUAUUGUGUUACAUUUUUAUCCUUUCCAUGUUCUUCUGCUAUUUUCUGAUUCAGUGUGGUACACAGUAGCUAGUACAUGGGCUUUAAGAAUUGUCACACAGUAAGGAAAUUGCAGUUUGAAGCUCAGGUAGCAAACCACUGAUUUGCUUCAUUGGAUAUAUAUGGUGUUACUUAUCACUAGCUUAUUCUUGUCUUGAGUUGAGAAAUAAAUAGCCUUUUCUUGGUCCAAACUGUACAGAUAAAUGCCUGCACACAGAGUCCCUCUCAUGUCACUCCACAUGACCAUGUAAACAUAGGUUUCGAUCCAGGAACUGUCUUUCAUGAGAGGCAGUUUAUGCAAGCGAAAGGGUUCUGUUUGCAGAAGAUGCCUCUUCCCAAAUUUUGGAUAUUCCCCUCCCAACACACUACAAUCCACCUCUUUCAGCAGGAUCACCUGACUCUGUAGCAUUUUCAAGAGGCUAGAAGAGUGACCAGAGAAGUCAAUUUCCAUAACCACAGUUGAUAUACAGAAAAUCUGCCCAUAAUGAUUAACCAUGGAUAGAAGCCAUUUUUAAAAAAAAUUACAAGUAUUUAUUUCCAGCUUUUAAACCCUAAAAUGGUUUCUUGAGCAGCAAAAAUCAAACUGAAUACAAUCAUGCAUUAAAAUAAUAAACAGAACUUUAAAAUCCCUAACUGGUAAGAUAAAAAAAUCAACAUAAACAUCAGUUAACUAGAAUGGGAAACCUGCAAUUGUAUACUUUGGGUUGGCCAUGCUGAAGUGUUAUAUCCCCCCCCCCCCACCAGCAAGCCAUGUUUAAAGUCAUUUCCUUGCCCCUGCAAUCUCUCAGCCUUGUAAGGUGAAAAACAUGUCUCAGGGUUUGAGUUAUUAACCACACUCUGCAAUCUUAACCUUUUUUAGGUUUAAUUCUAGUUAUGUAUGAAGUGGAUCUGACCUGAAAACUAUGCAUAUACCAGAGCAAAACUGCAGUAAAUCUAGAUUUGGUUUUCUGGUCUUAAGUUUUCCUAGUGUCCUAACUCUGACCCUGUAAACUCUCAUUAUACUUCUCCUGGCUUCAAAGGGAUCGCCAAAAGUGGAACAGCUGCAGCAUUUCACCUGCAUCAUGUUCUGCAUAAAUUCUUGGUACAUGCACAACAAGUCUGACAUUAGGUUUGCUAAAAAUAAAUAUUUGGGUGCAAUGCAGCCAGCACAACAUAAUUGCUUUAAUGAUUUGCCCCAAAUGACUCAUGCAGCCUUCAAAAUAAAUAAUUUAUUUAAAAUAUUUCUUCAGGAGAUGCCACUAGAGUAUCCAGCCAAUAAGGAACAGUAUGAGAUAAUGGAAAAGGCAAAGAGUUAAUGCUAGGAGAAAGCUCAGGGUCCGAGUUAAAUAUAAAGAGAGCCUCUGAAGAGGAUUAUAUAAUGAGUUUUUUGUGCUUAUCGGUUACAAUGUAAGGGACAUCUUGCAAAGUCAGAAAGACUGUAACAAACUGUAAAAAUACAUUUGAUACAUGGACCAUGUGGCAACAUCUAUCUAUCUAUCUAUCUAUCUAUCUAUCUAUCUAUCUAUAUAUAUAUAACAGAUAAAAGCUGAUGGUGUUGAUUUGGUGCUAGCUGUCCUAACAGCCAUUUACUUUACUGCUCUUUCACCUCCACAGUUACAGAUUUUUUUUUUGCUCAAAUUGGGUCAUGUUGAAGGCGUUUUUUAACAGAUGUUUGCUGUGAAUUUGAAGCACGCUAACAAUCUUGAGGGUCCUUAUAAAAAUCAUUUGUGACAAGGCAGCUAUUGUAGUGAUUUGCAAAUAGAUCCAGUUAGAUUACCAUUUUAAAACUUUAAAAGAAUGCCAUUUUUAUAAUGCCUAUAUUAGUCUGCAGAAUUUCCAGGGUUCAAGGGAUGGAUCUAGAUGUAAUCAUAUUUAGAGUAGUCCUGCUGGAAACAAUAGAACUUCGGUUAAAUCAUGACUAAAAAGUCCCACGGAUUUCAGUGGUAAUCAAAAACCAACAAUGUGUGUUUAGUCCACACAUAAUAGUAAUACCAACACAAUUUUUUAUUUAAUAGGGAGUUUAAAAAUAUGAGCAAAAAAGGGCAAAUGUUUAUAAUAUGGAGGCACGAAGUUGUUGCAAAGUCAGUGGCAAAAUACGUGCUAAUUUUUUUGUGAACAAGAGACAAACCCUGGAUAGUCUCAAGAGACCAUUCCAUUUAUCCAUAGGCAUAUGCAGAGUCUACACAGUAGGUGGUUGGUCUAUGAGCAAUAUUCUAGGACAAGAGUGGCUGCAAGUAGAUCUUCAGAUGUUUUGGACUUCAACUUUCAGGAUUUCUUACCAUUGGCUAUGGUAGCAAAGUCUUCUGGAAGUUCCAGAGAAAUCUACCUUCUAUGGGAUGGAUUUUUGCAGGGAUUUUAAUAUUCUGCAUUUUACCGUAUUUCUUAGACUUCCUGUAAUGUGCUGGGCUUGCCACCUUUCCUAGGCCAUAGGGGAGUAGGGAGGUAAUUCUGAGUAGAUACGAAAAUUGGAGUUGCGGACAGGAGCAUUUCAGCCACUUCCAAAGCCUUUGGAGCCAAGGCAGAUAUGGGAAUCGCUCCCCCUCCCCCCUCUUUUUCUCACCCAAGCAAAGGGAAAACACUUAGGCCAAGUCAAGGCUGGCAGAGGCCAAUUUAGGGGCAGCAAAGGAUACUACCAACAGGAAUACUGCCGGUCAUGCUCCUGUCCCCAUGGAGCUUUCCAUGGCUGUAUCCAGAACCUUUUAGGUAAACAAGCUGCUUCACUGAUAGAACACUCAGUGCAUUCCCAUCCCAUCCUUAUCUCUGGCAGCCAGCUUUCAGAGAGUUAGACUACCCUGCAUGACUACUCAUGUAUUUGGAAGUGGAUUCAUUGGAAUCAGUGUAAUUACAUUUGUACAGACAUGCUUAUUGUCCCCAAAUCAGCUUUUCUUGCUUACAAAAAGACCAACAUUCUGAAAACUUCAAAAAAGUUUUGAAUGCAAAGUUUGGCUCUGUGUAGCAAAGUUUGGCUCUGUAUAUUAUCAUUCUGUCUUUCUAAGUUCUGAUCAUCAUUUGAAUGCUUUCUCUGCUUUUUCUGCUCUAGCCUGGUUAGUGGUUUCCAAUAGAAGUGUGAAUUGACAUUAUCUGUGUUUGACCCAAGAAACAUAAUAUUCAUCUUAAUAUAAGAUUCCAGACCGCACAAUUGUAAGGGGAUGUUGAACUAUGAAACUAGUUGAACUCAUUUGGAUUUUGCCUUCUUGCCUUACAAGCGCUGUAUCAUGCACAUAUUAAUUACCAGAUAUGCACACCAUAGUUUUUUGCCUAAGUGCUUAGAGGAUAGAAUAAGAAAUAGGAGUUCACUUGCUCUCUUCUCAGCUUAGCUGUGAAGUCACUACAGUCCAGCCUACCCCAGUCUGGUGCCGUGCAGAUGUGCUGAACUGUAACUCCCACAGAGAGAUUCAGUUGGGUGGUAGAGAAACAAAACAUAAAUAAAUAAAAGUUGAAAAAUAAACUAUCCUUCCCAGGCAGCACGGCCAUAAUGCUAAACACUUUAGAACCCCCCCCCCCCCCGAGCUCCUGCCUAUGCUUGCAAAUGCAGCACAUUCUCCUUGUGGAGAAUAAGAGGUCCAUGACUUUCUCUGCACUAUUACCCAUCCUUCUCCCUUUACCCAGUGCAAGUUAUCCUUAUGCCUGUGCACAUAUAGAUGGGAGAUGGCUAACUGCUCAGCUUCUGAGCAUCUUCACACUAAAUAUAAGAAGACCUGGUGAUGCUUUUAGGGCAUGGUCUAAUAAAGGGUUGGAUAUUUUAAGUCCCAUUGACCUUAAGCACAUGUUUAGUUUUCUGUCACUGAAAUAAAUAAUGCUACAGCUAGAUCAUUCCCCUACUUUGAAUUUUAUUUCCUUGUCUUCUCUGCAAUUAUGUCCAAAAGAAUUAAGUUGCAAUGACUGUAUAGAAGUGAGAAUUCAAGAGAAUUCUGUGAGGCAUAUAUGCGGUUCUCCUUCAUUUGGUUUCCCAUCUGCAAAAUGGGAGUUCUUUGCUUAUCUACCUCAUCAGGAGGGUUUGUGGCUUAGUGCUUUAAAAUAAUGCAGAAAGAAGUGCUAUAUAAGAAAUGAAGGGGCUGAGCAUGGAAAAUGUCAUUUGAUCCCAAUGGCUUGUUUCCUCUCACUGUUAAAGGAGGAUGCCUGACUGAGCAAAAACAUUUAGGACUUGGUGUAAGUUCAGGGCCAUCUUGCAGUUGUAGUUUGCUCCUGCUUCCCAAAAUUUAAACAAUCUUUUUUCCACUUCAGAUCCAAAUUCUCAUCGCCUUUGCCAGAGGUCUUACCAGGCAUGACUGCAAAAGCAAAGGGUUUUUCUAUUAUUUACAUCAAAGAUGCUGAAAUGAAAACCAAGUGGCAGCAAGACAGUAACGCUGCCCCAAAUAUGUUUGUGGCCCUGUGCACAAUUCAUUCUUGUCAUCAGUGAUAUUAAGUAACAACUACAAACCUUUAUUUAAGGGGCAAUCUUAUGCAAAUUUAGACAGAAAAAAAGUCCACAAAAACAUCUUGGGAGUUGCAGGCCUUGGUUUUAUCUGAACUUGCAUUAAUUUGUGCACUUAGCUGUUUUAAAGAAGCCAAUAUAACCCUGUUCAUAUAUGACUGCAGGCAUCAAAGCACUCCAGGCAAUGCUGCUUCAGAGAAAAUAGUUCAGAUAGUUCAUCCCCUUUCCUAACCAACGUGGCCCUCCUCUUUAAAUAACUUUUCAGAAUGGUCAGGACAAACAGUGCAGCUGAGUAGUUGAGAAGGACAAAACAUUUCCGAGGGCUUACUUGAGCAGUAGCAUUAAUGUGAACUGGGGAGAUCUGAAGGACAGUCCUUGCUGCAGCCAAUUUAAACAGAAGAAUGUUGGAUUUAAGCCAGUUGAUUCUCAGUGACUUCCACUGGACUGUUAGAGGAAGUUCUGACGCUGCAGGAGCUUAUCGCAGACCAACAUAAACCCAGUUACCAAAUCAAGGUUGCAGAUCAAGGUGGGAAGCCAAGUUUGCAUUUUGAUUCAUAACUCAGGUGUCGUGUUGCUGCCUAUUAUUUUUAAAGUACCAACAGUGCUUCCAUAAGUACUGGGUCUUUUAAAAGAGAAACCUGCAGAUCUCUCCCUCCCCUGAUAUGCUUGUUCAUUAGAGGCCUUUGAGAAUUUCUGCUUCACAGUACCAGCACUCCUACAAAAUGAAUGGGAGCUGGUUGCCUAACAGAACUUGCACAGAAUGAGAGGAUCUACACAGUAAUGGGUGAACAAUUUGUGACACUGUAGCCCACACCUCCCAUUAGUCCUAGGCAUGGUAGCCAAUGGUGAGGGAUACUGGGAGUUCUAGGUCAAAACAUCUGGAGAACCACACCCACCCAUGCAUCUAGUGUAUAUAUUCAUUCUUUAAAAUGGCAUUUCUCAGAAUUUGCAGUCAGCUUCCUAAGAGAGAUCGCUUAUGGAAGCAUAAACUUUGGCUACCCUAUGUAUAAAAAUUCACUACUAUCACUAGCAAUUCAUUAUCUCUAGCAAGAUAGGCUUUUGUUCUUUUGUGUUUACUUCUUUGUCAAAGCCAAUUUGAAAGUGCAACUGUGUGAAUGAUACAGUCCUCUCACAGAACUGCAUCAUUUUAGAAUGCAGAUAAUUUAUAUAGAGUGCUUCCAUUACACAAUACAGGGAAAUAUGUGGGCAUGCAAAUUACUUGUGCAUCUUCGAUUACUACAUCUGAAUAACUGAGUACAAGAGCAGCCACUGAGACAUCCUGGCAACCUUAUCCUUGGUGGUCUGCCAUGGAUUUAGGACCACAAACCCUUUUCUCAAACCAUUCCUCCCAUUUGCCCUCCUGACAUAAGACAGAAAAAAGAAAGGAAAAGGGUGUCUGUAAAGAUGGAUGAAGAAAGUUUCAGUAUUGGACAGUUGAAACAGGAACUUUUAUUUCAGGCAACCUUCAGAAGCCUUAAAUUGGGUGCAAUGGAAUCUCCCCCCUCCCCCCUUCUUCUCCAAUCACUUUCCACCCUCUCUCUUUUGGCAUUGCAACUCUCUCUUCUGGUCUUGGAGGGGUGAAGAGAACAUAAAUGUACCAUGCAGAUAUCUACUAAUUUCCCUAGAGCUCUUCAGAUCCAAUGAGCAAAAGCUGCUAGGGAAGGAGCUCCCUUGAUAGAGGACCUAUAUGGCACAUCCCAUCAUAUUUUAGUGUUUUCUGCAGCAUUAAGCAUUUUAUUGCAUGGAAAUGCUCAAAAAGAUAAUGGAGAUAUUUUAGGGUUACCUGUUGUUUUGUUGAGCAUCUGCUUGUAUCAUUGUUACUUUUACUAUUCUGUGCAUGAACCUGAACAAAUCAGAGUGCAAGUAUUUAUUUUAAUCUUCAUUUUUGCUUGUUUGUUUUUUGAAGGAUUUGUUUUUCAUUAUGUCUUGGUUGCUAAUUAUAUUUUACAAAGAUACUGUACAUUUUUGACUGGAAGGAGCAAAGAGUUCCAAAUAAAAUUGCUUCUGAAUUCAA